UGAACGAUGAAAGUCUCGGAUUAUAUUUGGAUUGUUUUGACAAUUGUUUUAUUUAUCACUACUUUUUCGUUACAAUUACUUCUCAUUGUCUUCUCUUCCCUUCUCUUCGUUAUAAUUGGAUGUCUGUCAUCUCUAUAUCUGAACCACUCGUCAGUGGAAAAAGAUUACCAGAUCUUCAGGUCUUGUCAUUCAAUUCAAAUGAUUGACUCAAAUAAGGAAUGGAAAGAGUUUUUGGAUAAUUUGAAUGACAAUCCAGUUGUUCACACUCUGCCAAAGGCCGAUGUCUUCACCGGUGAUCCUCUUAUUGAUGAUCAGUUGAACGAUGUCUUGAGACUCGCGUUUCGCGAUUACAUAAACUCAUGGUAUGCUUAUGUGUCUCCAAACCAAGAGUUCACUCUUCAUCUCUAUUCCAUCGCUCAGAUGGCCAUCAAAUCAGUGACACAAAGGCUUCAUUCAAUGGAUAUCGUGUCUUAUAUGACAACAAAAUUGGUCGACGAUUUUGCCUCCCAUUUAAGACUAUAUCGUUUGGCGCAAAACAAACUCAAAGAGCUUAAAGUUAAUGACCCGAACGCGAAUCUGUUGUCAAUAUUCUUUGACUUUGAGGUCUCGAUGGAGCGAAACAUUUGCCGCGAUUUAGUCAGCGAAGACAAUGAGAGCUGUACUGACUAUUUAUCCCAAAUCUGUGAUAUUCUUCAAUAUUUAUUACUUCCAAUCGAUUGCUUCAAAAGUCGAACCUUUCGUUCAUUAUUUAGAGGACUCGUAGUCAAGUCGUGUUUAUAUCCAUUACUGGAAAUGCUUUCCGAUCCAGAUUUUAUAAAUCAGACCAUUGUCUGGCUCUACAAAUCAUAUUUGGUAUCAAGUGAUACAUUCAUUAAUGUUUUGCGUUUAUGUGACAAAAGCGAAGAGUUAGAGGCCGUCAGACAAAUGGUUUGUCACGAAAUUGCUUUCCUUCGCUCUAAAGACACCGGAGGAGACGAUGACUUUGAAAUUAAGCAGCAGUUAAGCAGUCUUUUAUUUGUGAAAGAUUUAAUUGAAAGUCGUCUCAAGUCUAUAAAUGAGGGAAGUUUUGACUCCGACUCGAAUGGCAUUCCAACGCAAAUUGAUUGGAAUAAUACCAAACUAUUUUCACUGCCAUUUGAUGUGGUGUUGAAGAACAAUAUCGGUCUCUCAUAUUUCAUUGAAUUUAUGUCGAGUAUCGGCGCUCAGGGAUACGUCUACUUCUAUUUGAAUGUCGAGGGAUUCAAAGUGUCUGCUGAACAACAGAUAUCAGAAGCAGAACUGAUAAAAAUGGGAAAAUGCAAUGCAAACAAUUGCGUGCAUUUGGAUAGUCUUAAAGAGGCGGCCAUUAAUAUCUACGACACAUAUCUGUCUGAAAAGGCUUCGCAUAAACUGAAGUUAGAGGAAACCAUUUGUAAGAACAUUCACUCGAGAAUUAUGACCGAAAAGUUGUCGGAGAAUUGGUUUGAUUCGGCACACCAUCAGGUCUAUGACAUUAUGAUGAAUAGCGAACAGUUCUUCGCCGCCUUCAAGAAAAGCAAUCAUUACGUGAAACUAUUAGCAGAACUCGAUUUACUCAAAGAUCUCAACGGCAAACAAGAAGAAGAUUGUGAACCUUUGGCCAAAUGUGAUGACAACGACAGCAAUUCGAUAUCAUUUGACGACUGCGAUAGUCUUAAUUCAUUAGAAGACAUUAUUCUCACAUCUGAUAACAUUUCCAUCACAAGUGAUGGUUCGGGUAAUUCAAACUCAACCACUUCUGGUUACAGCACUUCUAACACCACAUUACACGUGAGCGAAGACAUUGAAGUGAGCGCUGAGAUAAUCAAAACAGGAGUGGUUAGAGAGUUCGGCAACGCUUACGCCGCUUAUGUCAUAAAUGUUACCAAAAAGACUAUUAAUUCGCCCGAAGAAAAGAAAGAGAACUUUUAA